UUGCGGUUGUGCGCGAGCUGUGAACCAGCUUCUCUAGAGUUUGCUCAUGAGGCAGGAAACCGGGGCAGGCGGCGAGCGAGAGCGAGCAGCGGGGAUCGCGUGCCCGCGGGGGGUCGUCUCUGCUCCCCAGAGGGUCCCCGCGCUCCUGCCUGGCAUGGGGAGAACGUGAGCCCGGACGGUGCCUUCGCCCCCGCUGCUGAGCCAUGGGAGUCUGAGAGCGGCUGGUCCUGCCGCGCUGCCACCAGCCACCAUGGGCUGCUGCUGCAGCUCGGACUACGACGACGACUGGAUUGAGAACAUCGACAUUUGUGAGCACUGUAAUUACCCCAUCGAUCCCGACAGCAAGCACCAGAGGCUGAUCCGCAACGGCUCCGAGGUGCAAGACCCCCUGGUCAACUACGAGGCCACGUCUCCGCCGUGCUCCCCGCUGCAAGAUAAGCUGGUGGUGGCCCUGUACAACUACGAGCCCAAGCACGACGGGGACCUGGGGCUGCGGGAGGGCGAGAAGCUCCGCAUCCUGGAAGAGAGCGGGGAGUGGUGGAAGGCGCAGUCUCUCACCACCGGCCAGGAGGGUUUGAUCCCCUACAACUUCGUGGCCCUGGUGAACAGCCUGGAGCCCGAGCCGUGGUUCUUCAAGAACAUCAGCCGCAAGGAUGCGGAGCGGCAGCUCUUGGCGUCAGGCAACACACACGGCUCCUUCCUCAUCCGAGAGAGUGAGACCACCAAAGGCUCCUACUCGCUGUCGGUGAGGGACUUUGACCAGAACCAGGGCGAGAUGGUGAAGCACUACAAGAUCCGGAACAUGGACAAUGGCGGGUACUACAUCUCCCCCCGCGUCACCUUCGGCAGCUUGCACGAGCUGGUGGAGUAUUACACACGCAGCUCCGAUGGGCUGUGCACCCGCCUCGGCAAGCCCUGCCGGACCCAGAAGCCACAGAAGCCGUGGUGGCAGGAUGAGUGGGAGGUGCCGCGUGAGUCGCUGAAGCUGGUGGAGAAGCUGGGAGCGGGGCAGUUUGGAGAAGUCUGGAUGGGCUUCUACAACGGCCACACCAAGGUGGCCAUCAAAAGCCUAAAGCAGGGCAGCAUGUCCCCCAGUGCCUUCCUGGCAGAGGCCAAUCUCAUGAAGAACCUGCAGCACCCACGGCUGGUGCGGCUCUACGCUGUGGUGACGAAGGAGCCCAUCUACAUCAUCACAGAGUACAUGGAAAAGGGCAGCCUCGUGGACUUCCUCAAGACCUCAGAAGGAGUCAAGCUCGGCAUCAACAAGCUGCUGGACAUGGCCGCGCAGAUUGCCGAAGGCAUGGCCUUCAUCGAGGCCAAGAACUACAUCCACCGCGACCUGCGGGCUGCCAACAUCCUCGUGUCGGAUGCCCUGUGCUGCAAAAUCGCUGACUUCGGGCUGGCCCGCCUCAUCGAGGACAACGAGUACACGGCUCGCGAGGGGGCUAAAUUUCCCAUUAAGUGGACGGCGCCGGAGGCUAUUAAUUAUGGAACGUUCACAAUCAAGUCUGAUGUCUGGUCUUUCGGCAUCCUGCUCACAGAGAUUGUCACCUACGGCCGGAUCCCAUAUCCAGGGAUGACGAACCCUGAGGUGAUCCAGAACCUGGAGCGUGGCUACCGCAUGCCACAGCCGGACAACUGCCCACAGGAGCUGUACGAACUGAUGAUGCAGUGCUGGAAGGAGAGGCCAGAGGAGCGUCCUACCUUCGAGUACAUGAAGAGCGUGCUGGAGGACUUCUUCACCGCCACCGAGGGCCAGUACCAGCAGCAGCCGUGAAGGCCCCGCAGUGGCCGGGGAUGCCUUGCGUUGCGGGGCCGGGGGGUUCCCCUCCUUGUUCCAGUCCUCACAGACUCCACACAUCGCCAUGAGGCACUGGUGGACACUGCCUGGCAGUAAAGAUUUGAAGUGCUUCAAUGGAGCUGGAGAUUUCACACACACUCCCCCAGAAGGCAAUGGAUGGCCAAAGCCAAGUGACUCUGAAGCGUGGAGGGCUGCGCGUGGGGGUCUGGAGGGGCUGGGGGGUGCCCACCACGCUGUCCCUGCACUCGCCCCGUUGCAAAUCCAGCGGCACUCAGGGCUGCCCAGGGCCACACCGGCUCCUCAUCCUGCUCUAGUGGAGCCUUGCUUGCCUCCUUCAGCCCCAUGACGGCGGUGAAGGUUCUUCCCUAGGGUGGUGGAGCCCUGGAACAGCUGCCAGGGCAGCAGGCAUGGCACCAAGCCUGACAAUAUUCCAGAUGCAUUUGGACAAUGCACUGAAGGAAGGAUUGCUUAAGCUAAUUCAUUCCCUUAACAUAAUGAUUUGUUCCUUCCUUUAGCACUCAGACACAUGGUGUAAAUUUUGGGGUUGCCCUGUGCAGGGAAAAGACUUGGACUCGAAGCUCCUUGUGGGUCCCUUCCAACUCAGGACAUUCUGUGACUGAUUCUCACCCACCCUGGGUGGGAUAAAGCCAGGAUCUGAGGGGGCCUCCUACCCUGUGGCCCCCCCGCCCCGGGAUGG